AGCUACUAAAGUUUAAACCUUUGCUGAUAUAGCAGGGCACGCACGUCGACUUAGUAUGAAGACAUUGCUCUAGUCUUCUCUCCUCCUCAGUCUCUUCCCUAGAAAUUCUGUGAGAGUUGUGUUAUGUUCAGGAAAACUGUCUGGAAGAAUACCGUGAGUGAUGCCGUUAGCUGGCACCAAGACGAGGCCCUGAACAGGACCAUGUUCAUCCUGAAAGAGUAUGGUCCGACCGGAUUCCUACUCAAAGGGGGGGAACCCAAAAACUUCAAAGUGUUCUUGGGAGACCCUCAUACAUGUACCUGUUCAACAUUCCACAAAGAGAGAGACCUCUGCAAACACAUCUGCUGGUGUUUUAUGAGGAAAUUCCGACUGCCUAGAGAACAUGAAUAUUGCUUCCAGCAGGUCCUGGUUGAAAGGCAGAUCCUGGAGCUGCUACAGGGUUUACACAGGAGCAGAACCCCCCGGCCGUUACACCCACCCUGCUCUGAGGCUGACCCUAACCCCAGACCAGACCAGCCGAGGGGGUCAGACAGAAGGAGAUCGAGCACGAGGAUGUGUUGUCCCAUCUGUCAAGAGGAGUUGCUGGGGAAACGGCUGCCUGUGUCUUACUGCAGGUUCGGCUGUGGCAACAACAUCCCUAUCUCCUGUAUGAAGGUGUGGGCAGACCACCAGGCACGUCCGGAGGGGGAGGGGGAAGCCAUGGUGAAGUGCCCGCUGUGCCGGGAGGACUUUGGGCUGGUCAAGCUGCUCCUGGAGCAGGUGAGGAAUGUGGCUAAGCUCCACACAGCUGCUGAGCGAGAGGCCGACAGACACCUCGGGGUGCUCUGCAACAACUGCAGGGUCUGCCCCAUCACUGGCAAGUGCUUCAAGUGCACAGUCUGCCGGUACUAUCACCUUUGCGAGGACUGUAUAAGAAGGUGCUGUCACCCUCAGCAUCCGUUUGCCAUACGUACGAAAAGGACUGAGAAGUGGCUGUCCUUGGGUCAGCGUGUGUUCAACACACUGGGUGAACCACGUGAGAUGACCACUCAGUCAGUGGGUGACAGCAUGAUUCCUGUUGAGAGUGACCCACUGCCAGAGCACCUGGUCAGAAGCCUCCUUUCAGUCAGGGUGAGGAGAGGCUGCCCCCUGCUGGACCCUGGGCAGCAGUGUAGGAUCUGCCUGAAGAGCUUCCAGCAAGGGCAGCAGGCCAGACACCUGCCCUGCCAUCACAGGGUAAAGACUUAA